ACUAGUUGUACUUUGGCUGUCAAAUUGUAAGCAAAGUUUCGAAGUUCGCUGAUCCUAGUUCUAACUUAAAAAUUAACAAAAAAUGCCACUAAAAUUGUAUUAUGAUUUAAUGUCCCAACCAUCUCGAACAUUAUUUAUUCUUCUCAAAAAAGUCCAAUGUGACUUUGAGCCCAAAUAUGUGGAUCUCCGGAAAGCUGAACAUUAUUCUGAGGAGUUCACUAAUCAAAUUAAUCGAAUGCAGAGAGUGCCAGUGAUUGACCACAAUGGAUUUAUUUUAUCUGAGAGUGUUGCAAUAGUCAGAUACUUGGCCCAAGAAAAGAUGAUUCCUGAGAGCUUGUACCCAUCAGAUAGCAAACUACGGGCUCGGGUGGACGAAUAUUUGGAGUGGCAACAUGUAGGCCUGCGAUGGCACUGUGCCAUGUACUUUAGAGUUAAGAGCUUGGAGCCCGCUCUACUCGGGAGGCAAACAGACGAAAAGACGCUAGCGGGCUACAAGCGUCGCAUGUUGCGAGCGCUCGACGACUUCGACCAGAAGUGGCUCGGAAUCCGUAACCAAUUCGUAGUCGGCGACACCCUGACUGUUGCCGAUUUGUUCGCUGCCACGGAGCUAGAACAACCGCGGAUGGCAGGCUACGACCCCAAGGAGCACUACCCCGCCAUAGCGACGUGGGCCAAGAAGGUGCAAGAGCAUUUCAACCCUUACUACGACGAAGCGCACGUCACCCUCAACAAAAUCGCCACCAAACAGAUUCAGAUGGCAAAAUUGUAAAAUUAAUUCAUUUAUUUCACUAAGGUGGCUUUUAAAGGGCACUUUUACAUCUCCCAAUAUUUUUUGCAUUAACCCUACCACUGGUUCGGGACAAUAAUGUCGAAAAGUGCAAAAAAAGCAGCGCAAGAAACCAACUCAAUAUUGUUACCCUUUUUUCUACAUUUUACAGGAUUAUGAACUAAAAUCAUGUGCUCGUAAAAUCUACUCUAGUUUGGUAAUAUUGACAAAUACAGAGUGAUUUUUGUAUCAGUAUCCAAAUUUUCAGGAUCGACUCAGAAUCAGUAACUUAAUUGAUUUACGUAAAGAAAACAAAACUUUUUUCUCCAUAUUUAAUUAUUUUCAUCCGCUGCGCGCGGUUUCCAAAUUGACUCACGUGGAAAAUUUGCUUAGUUCAUGGAAAAAUACGUACACACAGUUAACUGCAAAGCUUAAUAGACAUAAUGGUGAGCAAAAUAAGCAAUAACCUUUAAAACUUAAGAUAUGGGCACCCGCGGAUUAGACUUUCAAUAUUUUUUUUUUGCGAAAAAAAAAUACCACAAUUAAAAAUAAUUACGAUAAAAUUGUAUUGUCAAAUUGUUCUAACGAGCUUAUUAAAAAAUUUGGAUACUGAUAACAAAGUCACCCUGUAGAUACAUUGUACAUAAAAUAAUAAAUUCAAUGCUACAAGAUAAAACGAGAUUAAUGCAAACAGUUAAAGAAAUACCCAAAGAAAUUCGUAUAUGUAUUAUUACUCACGUACAUUGAUGAUAGUAAUGGAACAAUGAAAUAUUUUGUAUACAAUUUACAUUUCACUUAGCAUUUAAGGGUUAAGGAAUUUUAUUUCAUGUUACCUAAUGACAUUGCAAUAUUAUUUUAAGGAUAUAAUUAUGGUAUGGUGUUUUCAGGAUUGAUAUAUUUUUUUGUUGUAACUUCAUGAAG